UAGGAUUUAUAUUGAAGUUAUGAUUUUUUUCAUUGCCACAUGAGAUUUUAAACGGUUCCAGAUCAUUCUUUACGACGAUUUAUAUUCUUGACGAUAUGGCAAUCAUGUUCAUCGAAACAAUAACACUGGCGUAUUUUAUAUCAACCGAAGAGGUACAAUAUCUGAUACGGAGAAAUUAUUCAUAAAUAAUACAUUUUAAGGCUUAUAUAAACUCUUUUUAACAACACAAUGCCCAUCAAUGGUAGGGAGUUGAUAGAUGCCAUUUCAAUUCUGGCAAAUGAAAACAAUGUUCGAGUUACCGUACAGCAGUCUGGUAAAGGUGCUAUUAUUUGUGCGGCCUGCUGUUUUGUUGGAGGCGUACUUUUAGGUCCAGCUGGUUUGGCAAUUGGUGGAGCAGCAGGUGGUGUCACAGCUUAUAGGAUGACAAAAGGCAAUUUUCGUCCUUUGGGUGAUGUGAUCAUUAAUGAUCUGAGUGACGCACAAAAAGAACUCCUGGUACAAAAAGUUACUGAUGCCCUUAAGGAUGUUCAUCCCACCGAUUUAGCUCUGUUAUUACCUUUGAUUAUGAACAAUGUUUCCAUACAACGAGCUGUGCUUAAUACGGUUGUAAGCUUUGUCUCAAGCGAAUUGCGUUUGCAGAUAAUUGACUGAUUUCGAUCAAAAUAUGUUUCUAGUGUUAGCAUCCUGUGGAAGAAAUAUUUUUGUACCUACAGCGAAAAAAUUUGAUUUGUGUAUUAAGUUAAAAAUUUUGAGGAAAUCGGUCCUUAAAAUACAUUUUUAUUGUUUUUAUUAUGAAUAAACGAUUUUGAAAUUUGAACAA